AAAGGCUGCUUUCGCACUCCAGUCGCACGGUCCUGUACUGAGCGCAGUCUGCUCUCGGUCUCCACGGACGCUCCUCUGUCUGGAUAUCGUAGCCUGUUUCUUUUUUUUCUUCUUUGGAUUAUAUUCAUCUGAUGGUUUUCAACUCCAACUCGAUGCAUAGAAAUGGGUAAACUGCACUCGAAACAUGCCGCUAUUUGUAAACCGAGGGAGAGUCCAGAAGGCGACAGUUUUGUAGUCAAUGCCUGUUUGGCGAGGAAGGGAAUCGACGACUGGCUCGUGAAGCAGAAAUACUACUGCACGAGCUCGCGCCUCGAGCAGCAAGACUGUCACCACAAGAAUAACUGCGGUUUGACUGCACGGGACUCUAUGGAUGAAGCAUGUGCUGAUGGGAUUGGUGAUGAACACUACCGCUUAGAAGUGGCUUUACCCCCGGAGAAGACAGACAGCUGCUGUGUGGAGGAGAAGAUGCAGGAGAGGGACAGCCAAUCCCCCGCAGGGCCACAGAAACAGCUCCAGUUUGAAGAGCUGGAGUGCGCUGUGUCGGUGGAAGAGGAUAACAGGCAGGAGUGGACCUUCACCCUCUACGACUUUGACAACAACGGCAAAGUAACCAGAGAGGAUAUCACCAGCCUGCUCCACACCAUCUACGAGGUCGUGGACGCCUCCGUCAACCACUCUCCCGGCAGCAGCAAGACGUUGCGGGUCAAGCUCUCGGUGGCGCCUGAUUCCAGCCAGCGGUGGAGGAGUUGCACGCAGGGUGCGGCAGACUUGUCCCACCCCAGAGAGAAAAAUGACAAGUGUACAGAAGACCCCAAGAGUGCAGACAAGAAGACUCGAGCACUCCUAAGGCGCCACCACAGUGACCACCACACCCAGCCGGGCUGCCAGCGCCACUGUGUGGAUGAGAACCUGGAACGCAGGAACCACUACUUGGACCUGGCAGGCAUCGAAAACUACACAUCCCGCUUCGGAGCCGCUCCAGUCACAGAACCGACAAAGGCAGAGCCUCAGACCCGCUCAUCCAACCAGACACGCUCUCGCUCCCACGAACCAGAAAACGGCCACUCCCAUUCCCACCACCGCCGCUUGCAAACUGUUGUGGACACUGUUGCUCCGGACAGCCUCCACCCUCCCCGGCCGCGAGGCCAAGACUCAGGGAAACAUGCCCUCCGUUCUCCCAAGACCCACAGCCGCACACCACCUGCACAGAUCAGUGGCAGGGUGAUGAGAAGCCGAGGUGUACCUCCUCCCCCGGCCCUACCCAGCCAGACCCCACCUCACCAGUCCACAGCCCCCUACCGCAAACACAAGCAGCGGUCCAAGGAGAGCCAGGGCUACCGCGCUUUAGGCCCUCUGGCAGCUUCAGGACCAGUGGUGGAGAAGGAGCAGGUGAGGGACCUGCCCAGUGUGCUGCUUUAUGAGGGGGGGCUGGCGCAAGUGGUGCAGCGGCACGAGCAUCACCACCACCAUGAACACCAUCACCACUACCACCAUUUUUAUCAGUCCUGAAUUUCAACCCUGCCUGUGACAGCUCAGCACUCCUGCAGCCCCACAAAACCCAACCAGGCUUGCAGGCACUGACUACAGUCAACCACCUCCUCAAAUACUGUGCAGUUAGCCCUUCAGUGGCUUUGUACUGGACACAGGACAUAGGGAGGAGAGGAGGAUCAUGGGAGGGGCAGUCCAGUGCUGAGAUGUUAUUAACCAGUGUUAUAAACAGCUUGGUCAGACUUGGGUAUGCAGCAGGACUGAGGAUCACGGCUGGGGCUCGAGAGGAGGAACGGAGGGACAGAUUUAAUAUACAGCUCCUCUCCCCCAGACCUUGUAUCCCACUACCUGAUGAACUCUACGGCUCUAAACCAGCACCACAGCCCUUCCAGACCACUAAGCCAAAAGGUUUUUAAGGAACAGGAGGGAUGAGAGGAAGAAAGACUGUGGUGUAAAGAUGAAAAUAUAUGAAGGAAUAUAGAUGAUAGGAGAGCAGGGCAUAGUGUGUGUGUGUGUGUGUGUGUGUGUGUGUGUGUGUGUGUGUGUGUGUGUGUGUGUGUGUGAGAGAAACAUUGUGUGAAUGUGUGGGCGUAGGAAGAGUGUGUGUGUGAGUGUCACGACACUGGUGUCUGUUGAAAACCACUUGAAGUGCGCUCAUGGGUGCGUGAGUAUUUAAAGCUGGCUGUCAGGCAGGUUUUUGAAGAUGAAAAUGAAGAUUCUGAUCUAAGCACGCAAUACCCCGUAAGCAAGUUUAAUGGGAAGGAAAAGUAAAAGAAAAAAGGAAAAAAAAGAACAGAGAUCCCAAAUCCGCUGCUACCUCUAAUUUUAUCCUAAUUGUUGUUGUAAUGGUGACUUUGACUAAGCAUUCAGAAGUUAUUUUCAAAUUACUUCAAAACUUUUUUUGAAAUAAGAGAAAUCAUGUCAUGAUCUGCAGUACUGAAGUGUCGAAAAGCUCCUUUUAUUAACUAACAUUUACUGUACAUAAGGUAUAUAUUGUUAUCAAUUUUAUAAGCUUUAUUGAUAAUGUGAUAUCUUUGUAUUCACUAUCUGAAGCUUUUAUGUUUGUUUUCCCUACACAGCCACAUUUUAUAAGACCACUUGGAGCCCCAUUUUCACAAGAACAUGUACAACUGUAUUAACUCACUCAGUCUCACACAGUCCCUCAUUCUCUCUCUCCGUUUCAACUCUCUCACCAUGUGAUUAGCUAUGUAACCGUGACCCAAUAAUUAGUCAAAGUAAAAGGCUGAAUGACUAAAAUCCCAACUCUCAACAGUGCUGUUCAGUCACGUUCAGUAGUGUGUCUAGAGCAUGAAAUAUGAGGACACGGCUGUACUUUUGAAUACACAUCAAAGUAUAUUACUCAAGUUCAGUUCAUGUAAGCUUAGCUGUCAUUUAAUGGCCGUCAUGCUGUUCAUGUAGACCGUUAGUAUCUGGGUUCUGCAUAAAGAUAAGGUAGAAAUAUCUACCUUAUCUUUCCCCUUUAAAAUAUAAGGGAUUGACCGAUAUGGUUUUUUUCAAGGCCGAUACCAAUACUGAUUAUCUGUAAUCAAGGAGGAAGGAGGAUUUACUAAAGGACUGUUGUAUUAGACUUCAUUAGUUUUAGCUAUAUGUUCCUAAUGCACAGGCUGCAAAGUGACUGAAAUUAAUUGGUUGAUUUUGGUGCUGUUCUCACCUAUGAACUGAUUCACCUGGAGGCCUAAAUAUGCUCUUAUUUGAUAGCUUUAUCUGAUAUUAUUAUUAUCAUCCAAUAAGAGGAUUUACCUCUCCCCUUUUAAAAUGUAACACAAUAACACGUUUACUCAGAGAUAUUUUAUUUUAUCUGUUAUCGGUUAAAAAAACAACGACACUGAUAAUCGGAUGCUGAAUAUUACCACCAGGCCGAUAAUCGGUCGAUCCCUAAUACUUAUACUAUAAUGCUUCUGUUUAGUCUGGUGGUGUUUGUGCCUAAAGGACUCUUUUUUUUGUUUGCCUGUCCAAGAUGUCAGCAGUUGACUCACAUGUCCUCAGUCCCAUGACACACUUAAAAACAAAACUAGACAUGGCGUGAUCUAUGACAUCAAAGCAGUAGAGUACACUAGUUCUGCCUCAGGCCCUUUAGCAUAUUUUACAUACAUUGAACCUUGCUCUGUGCAGCCAGUUGGAGGUUGGUGACUUCAUUUAUCAAUACGGGGUUUGACCUUUUAUUUUACAGUAAUUAAUGCAAGGAAUUCUUUUUUGCUGAGCAGACAUGUAAUAUUUCACCACCGCCCCGCUUCAGAGCCAAGCAGUCACGCAUAUUCACACCUGGGAGUUGUCAUGCUCCGUGCUUUUCUUUUCUUACUUUCAAGCCAGCACUUUCCCCAGCAGCUCUGUUGUCCGGGCCUCUCGGACUGGCCCAGGGUCACACGGCUGCUUCCUCUGUUUCCAUGGCAUCUUCCUGUCCCCCAGCUGUCAGCAGGUCUUUCUUUGUGGUGUGGUGGGGCGAGGGCUCUUUCAGCUGUCUCAUUCCUCUGGUGCUGGAUAACACUGGGCCCGGCCUGCAGUCUCCACCAGACCUAUAACUCACCACUGCUGCUCUCCUGCGGGCUCCUGCUCAUCCUGUCCCAUGAUGCUCUAAGGGCACUGCUGUAAACAUGCAGAUGUUGAUGGCGCAUGCAAAACACAUGCAAAAAUGUAACUUACCCGUGGCACAUCUGGUGCGACAGAGACACUGAAGUUAGAGUUGCAUGUUCUCCAGGAUUAUUCACUGUUUUUCCUACUGAUAUUCUUGCUUAGCAGACAUGAUCUUUUGCAGCACUUUCCUGUUUCAUUCUAGUGGGGCCAGUCUCUUGACCUUUAGAGCAAUGAGAGUUUAAGUGCCUCGCUCUAAGGUAGCCUCACACAUAGAGAGGGGGGGUGAUCUGAGUGAACCAGAGCCCUUUACCAUUAGCAGGCUUCAUGCUGAGACUAUCCCUUAUGUUUGAGUGUGUUAGUCUGUCAUAAGCAUGUGUGUUUUUGUGAUGAGCAAGAAUGCAGUGUAUGCCAGCCCUGCGAUGUCCUCUCACAGCUGCGGGCUGUCCUUUAGCAGGAGGCACCAGGCAGACGGGUCAUCUCAUGGGACCCGGUGGUGAAUACGGCGUCAUUCCCUGAGGGGAUCACAGCUGCGUUCCAUACCUCAGCUUCUUCACCUCACACUGCUUUUCCUGGGCAACAAAUCUUUGUUACUGGAUCCCUCAUAACACUGUAACUCCUUUGUCAAUGCUUGCACCUCACCCAAAACAGUGUUGAUACCAGUGUAUGACUGUAAAUAUAAGCUGUGUGGAAACGGUCGUCUUGUGUGAACGGACAGCAAGCAGGCGACUGCUCGCCCAGCAGGGUGGUCUGAUUCGACACGGUGAGCGAGGGCUUCUGAAGGAAUUUGGGUGAAAAGCUUGGUCAGGUUGUAAUUUUUAAACUUCUUUCACCCAGAGAGAGUUUUACUGAAGACACAUAACUCAUUUUUGUUAAUCUCCUGCUUUACAGUCAUAAAAUUACCAGAAGUCACACUACAAAACUUAAAAACUACUCACCAGAAACUACAGAUGUACUUUCUUACCUUUUGACCACCACUGUCUCUGGAGCAUCUUUAGAUGCUGUACUUUGCUCAAGGGUACCUCAACAGCAUUUGUUAAGGGUUGGGAAAACAGUUAUUUUUCAGUUUUUAAUUACACAGAUUUCUUCAUUUAAAAAACGUGUUGUCAAAACCUCAUUGUUAACCUUACCACUGUCACAAUCCCUCUUCUGUCUUGUCAUACAGUGGCAAUAUAUCUAUAUUUGCUGAGGGAAAAAUAAGAUCAUGUGCAGGUGUUUUUGUUUUUUUUAUCAGCAGCCAAGUUGUCAGCUAUGCCUCUAAAUCCACCAGAAUUUAUUUGUAUUAUUUUGCUUGCCAGAUUGUUAUGUGAGAGUGGGUGUAACUUUAAUAUUUCAAAUUAUUAAUGCUUCUUUUUGGAACCAAAAAAAAGUCCAAUCUUGUCAUACAAACUGCUCUAGAUCCAUUAUCGUCUGUCCUGUUGUGUAGGAUAUUCAGAGCCACCUCUCCAUGUUAAUAUAGUAUGUAUUGCUCCACUAAUAUCCAUAUAUCAAAAAUUAAAAAAAAAUCUGAUGUAUAUAGUGGACUGCAGAAAGAUUAAACCAGCGUCAUUUAGAAAGAAAAUAAGGCUUAUUAUAAUGAAUGACUGUCAAACUAUCUCUCUUGCCUACUGUCAGCUAGUACUCCGACAAUACCUACGCCACACCAAUCUGACUCAGCAGGGAGGAAUAAUUCUCUGCCUCUACCACAAGCUGUUUCUUCCUCUACACACAGACACACUUUCACAUGGUAUUUGUUGUAAAAGAAAAUUGUUUAGCACUAGCUGUUUUCUAUCCCCCUCCCUCCUAAUGUUUCUCAUGACUUUGUUUAGUUUAUAUAGAUUGUAUUUGAUUAAUUGCUUUAUUUAUUUGAUAGCAGAUCUGUGCCAAGGGAAAUACCCUUUUAUUAAAGUAUGAACCUGUUCCUUAUAAACUCACCGACUAUUGGAGUCAUCUUAUUUCAUUCAGAUAUGUGCGGUGCAAUUGUAUGUAUAAUAAGAACAUAUUAUUUAUAAAAGGUACCAGUUAACGA